AUGGAUUCUCUCACUACUCAUCCGGCCAACGCCCAACAGGCUCGUGCCUUCACUUCUCCCUCGUCGCUGUCUUUCCCCGGUGGUACUGCCUUCCCCGGUAGCGCCGACCUGACUCCACCCUCGGACAAGGAUGCAAGCAUGGCUAUGAACGGUCAAAGCGCGAAUGGAAAUGUGAACGGCCAGCAGCCAGGAGCAAAUGCCGCAAAUGGCAAUGGGGUGACGCCCGCUACUCCGGCUGCGACCCCUGGUGCCAGUGCUCCGGGGAGUGGGAUUGUGCCUACACUGCAAAACAUUGUCGCUACGGUCAACCUUGACUGCCGUCUUGAUCUCAAGACCAUUGCGCUCCACGCCAGAAAUGCGGAAUACAACCCUAAGCGUUUUGCGGCCGUUAUCAUGCGUAUCCGAGAGCCUAAGACGACUGCCUUGAUCUUCGCCUCUGGCAAGAUGGUGGUUACUGGUGCGAAGUCUGAGGACGACUCCAAGUUGGCUUCAAGGAAAUACGCUCGUAUCAUCCAAAAGCUAGGAUUCAAUGCCAAGUUCACGGACUUCAAAAUCCAGAACAUUGUGGGCUCUUGCGACAUCAAAUUUCCGAUCCGUUUGGAAGGUCUGGCGAGUCGCCACCACAACUUCAGUUCUUACGAACCGGAGUUGUUCCCUGGUCUAAUCUACCGUAUGAUGAAACCCAAGAUUGUGCUCUUGAUAUUCGUCAGCGGAAAGAUUGUCUUGACCGGAGCCAAGGUCCGUGAAGAGAUUUAUCAGGCCUUCGAGCUCAUCUACCCUGUGCUCUCUGAUUUCCGCAAGGUCUGA